CCUCCACACCACAACCAUGGCCUGCAACAGCCUCUGCCGUCCCUGCGGACCCACCCCGCUGGCCAACAGCUGCAACGAGCCCUGUGCCCUGCAAUGCCAGGAUUCCCACGUUGUCAUCAACCCUUCCCCUGUGCUGGUCACCAUGCCAGGACCCAUCAUGACCUCCUUCCCCCAGAACACUGCCGUUGGAUCCACCUCCUCGGCUGCCGUGGGCACUGAACUCAGUGUGCAGGGACAGCCCAUCUCUGGUGGCUUUGGUGGAUUUGGUGGCUUUGGCUAUGGCCUUGGCUAUGGCCGUGGAUUUGGCUACGGGCUGGGAGGCCUGGGCUGCUAUGGCAGAAGGGGUGGCUACAUCUGCUGAGGGCCCUCGGCACCGCCUCUUACACCAACCACCAGCUCAGGGCUCUGGCAACAGCUCCUACAAGCAAAGCACUUCAGCUGAUCUUUGUCCUCCUUGCACCUCACAACAGUUUAUUUAUUUCCACUUUUAUCUCCUGGAGUUUCAUUCUUUCCAACCAAUAAAGUUUUCCUGCAUCAAACCUUGCAUGCCUCCUUAUCUUUUUUGCUCAAAUGAUCUGGCAUUCUCUCCCAGCACAUUCUACAGCUCAAAAGUCGUUCAGGGUACCUGGAACAGGGUAGCAACACUUCUCCUUACAUAUAUCUCAAAAGAACAAAUAACGAGUUUGGCACGGGAAACACAGGAGGGGACACCUCGCAAAACCUGUCACACACCCUGCCAACUGCUACACCAAAGUCCUCAACUGACUGUUCAACUGUUGUUGAACAACAGUUCUCUUCUUAGCACGGAAAUGGAAAAGUCAUUCCAUGCCAGUGCACACUUGUCAAAAUCUUUUCCUGGCCAGGACUCUACAAACCUUCCAGCAAAGAGAGAAACAACAUCAAGCAGCUGGGCAGGAGCUCUGCAGUGCAAGUGCUUCAUCUGCCCUGCACAAGCAAGACCAACAGGAGAACAUUUCCAGCACCAUGGACAGUUCAGAUAUCGCUCUCCCCGGAUCGU